CUGUCUGGGCACGACCCCACCCCGGGGGUCUCUUCCUGACGGUCCUAAGCCCUCCCUAGGCGUGGCCGGCGCCACUAGGAUGCUGGGGCCGGGUGAGCCCGAGGCCUGCCUGAAGAACUUCCGGCCACGGCCUCGCGCGAGGUGACAAGAGGGUGCCUGUAGACGAUGUCGGUAACGACUGGCCCUGUGGGUUGAAGGGUGGUGGAAAAAGGAACGAGUGCGGGGUUACUUGGGUCCUUCCGCAGGCUCUUCCUGAGAGCUUGUCGGUGGCGGUGAACCGGAUCGCAGUGUAGACCUGUGGAGAUCAUGGCAAGAACCAUGUAGGACUUUAUACGCGGAAUGGUUGGUGUGCUGGAGUGACUAUGGGGACACCUGGCGCUACUUUUCAUAAAAGGUCAGGGAAGGCCCCGGAGGAGACAUUGCUCUGAAACCUGAUUGACAGUGCCAGCCAUGGGAAGGAAAGCCGAGGAGUACUUGCGACUGUCUCAGGUGAAGUGUACUGCUCUGUCUGCACAUUCCACAGAAACUAGCAAUGCUGUCAUGUGCUUGGACCUUGCAGCUGCUUGUAUGAAGUGCCCCUUGGACAGGGCUUAUUUAAUUAAACUUUCUGGAUUGAACAAGAAAAUGUAUCAGAGCUGUCUUAAAUCUUUGGAGUGUUUACUGGAUGUGAAUUCAAAUAUUGGAAUAAAAGACCUAGCUGUACAAUUUAGCUGUACAGAAGCAGUGAACAUGGCUUCAAAGAUACUGCAAAGCUAUGAGUCCAGUCUUCCUCAGACACAGCAAGUAGAUCUGGAUUUAUCCAGGCCACUUUUCACCACUGCUGCACUACUUUCAGCAUGCAAGAUUCUAAAGCUAAAAGUGGAUAAAAACAAAAUGAUAGCCAUGGCCGGUGUAAAAAAAGCUAUAUUUGAUCGACUGUGUAAACAAUUAGAGAAGACUGGACAGCACAUCGACAGAGAACUUAGAGAUUUACCUAGUCCUCCACGGAAGAAAAAGAAUACAGUAGUUGAAUCACUGGCAAAAGAAAUAAAGAAAGUAGAAGAAAUCCCACAUAAACCACAGAAAGAUAAAGAUGUGACACAGGAUUAUGAAGAAUGGAAAAGGAAAAUUUUGGAAAAUGCAGCCAGUGCUCAAAAGACUACAGCAGAGUGAUUUUAGUUUUCAGCCUGGGAUGUACUGCAAACCUAUAAUUUACUGCCACCUCCAGGAAGGACUGAGGGCUUUGAGCUUUGUUUGAACUUUUAUACCAAGGAUCCUAUUGGUGUAAUAGCAACGAAGCCAUUACUUGAGCUAAGUUCUGGGCAGUGGGCUGCCCCGACCUAAACAACAUUGGAUCAACUGCAGUGCCUCGCACCUCAGAUCCCCCCAGGGCUGGCUGUUCUACAAUAGGAAAUGGCAGCCGUUUUGCUUUUCUGUUGUGUCUUAAGCUAAAGGCAGUCUCCUGUCCUAUCUAGAAUAUAAGAUUUUACUUAAGUUUUUGUGCAGUUGUUUUGGUUUGACUAUUUUGUACAAUCUGAGUUAAUAAAUAUUUUUUGUGCAUUCA